CAAACUUCUUCUUGCUGUGUAGUGUGACGUGUACGCGUAGCGAAAAAUCACAUAUUUUUCUUUAAAAAAUUUUACAAUUUCAUUUGUUUCACACGUUACUGAAGUAAGCAACACAUAAAAUGGGCUCAUUUCGCCGCGAGAAGGAUGAAGAGGAGGACGGUCCGACGAACGCGUACCAGAAUCUGGAGAAGACCUCGGUGCUGCAGGAGACUCGCAUUUUCAAUGAGACGCCAGUGAAUGCACGCAAAUGCAUACACAUACUGACCAAGAUCCUCUACCUGAUGAAUCAGGGCGAGCAGCUGGUGCCGCGCGAGGCAACCGAUUGUUUCUUUGCCAUGACCAAGCUGUUCCAGUCCAAGGAUGUUGUGCUGCGCCGCAUGGUCUAUCUGGGCAUUAAGGAGCUAAGCUCCGUAGCCGAAGAUGUCAUCAUUGUCACCAGUUCGCUGACCAAGGACAUGACAGGCAAAGAAGAUCUGUAUCGCGCCGCUGCCAUACGUGCCCUCUGCAGCAUUACAGAUCACACCAUGCUUCAGGCCGUCGAGCGUUACAUGAAGCAAUGCAUUGUGGAUAAAAAUGCGGCCGUUUCUUGUGCCGCUUUGGUAAGCUCGUUGCGUCUAUCCAACACCGCCGGCGAUGUUGUCAAACGCUGGGCGAAUGAGGCUCAGGAGGCCUUGAAUAGCGAUAAUAUAAUGGUGCAGUAUCAUGCUCUUGGCCUGCUCUAUCAUAUACGCAAAUCGGAUCGCCUAGCUGUCUCCAAGUUGGUCAACAAAUUAACGCGCGGCUCGCUCAAGAGUCCCUACGCAGUGUGUAUGCUGAUACGUAUCGCCUGCAAACUGAUCGAGGAAGAGGACAUACCCGCCGAGGAGCUCGCAGAUUCGCCCCUGUAUACAUUUAUUGAAUCAUGUCUGCGGCACAAGAGCGAAAUGGUCAUCUAUGAGGCCGCCCAUGCCAUUGUCAAUCUGAAGAACACAAAUCCACGCAUGCUUUCGCCGGCCUUCUCCAUAUUGCAGCUGUUUUGUAGUUCGGUUAAGGCAACGCUGCGCUUUGCUGCUGUGCGCACCCUGAACAAGGUGGCCAUGACACAUCCAGCUGCUGUAACCACAUGCAAUUUGGAUUUGGAGAGUCUGAUUACCGAUUCGAAUCGUUCAGUGGCCACGCUGGCCAUAACAACACUCUUAAAAACCGGCGCCGAAUCCUCUGUGGAGCGUUUAAUGAAGCAGAUCUCCACGUUUGUUGCUGAGAUCUCCGAUGAGUUUAAGGUGGUGGUGGUGCAUGCUAUAUGCGCACUCUGCGCCAAAUAUCCGCGUAAGCAUACAGUUCUGAUGAACUUCCUGAGUGGCAUGCUGCGCGAGGAGGGCGGUCUGGAGUACAAGACAUCAAUUGUGGACACCAUUAUAACGAUCAUUGAGGAGAAUGCCGAUGCCAAGGAGUCGGGUCUGUCGCAUCUGUGCGAGUUCAUUGAAGAUUGCGAGCAUGUCUCGCUGGCCGUGCGCAUUUUGCAUUUGCUUGGCAAGGAAGGUCCAUUUGCGGCCACGCCCUCCAAGUACAUACGCUUCAUAUAUAAUCGCGUCAUUCUUGAGAGCCCCAUUGUGCGCGCUGCUGCGGUGACUGCUUUGGCCCAAUUCGGCGCCUCGUGUCCCGCUCUGCUGGCCAACAUAUUGGUUCUACUGGGACGCUGCCAAAUGGAUCCGGAUGAUGAGGUGCGCGAUCGUGCCACCUACUAUCUAAGCAUACUUAACUCGGCCAAGCCGGAGCUCUACAAGAACUACAUCAUUGAGCGCGAGAAUUGCUCACUAGCGCUGCUCGAGAAGGCGUUGACGGAUCAUUUGAAUGGCGAUCUGCAAAAUCACUUUGACAUUUCCAUUGUGCCCAAGGCCGCUAUUGUUAAGCCAGAGAUCACCAACGAUGUGAUGAUGGUCACCAGUGCACCGCGUGCACCAAAAAUUACGCGAGAAGAGGAGAGCGCCGCACGUUUGGCUCAGCUGCCGGGCAUACAAGUUCUGGGUCCCAUUCAUCGCAGCACAGCGCCCAUACAGCUAACCGAGAGCGAAACAGAGUAUACAGUUCAGUGUAUCAAGCAUAUCUUUGCCCAGCAUGUUGUAUUCCAAUUUGAUUGCCUUAACACGCUCUCUGAACAAUUCCUGGAGAAUGUGCGCGUCGAGCUGACGCUACCCGAGGGCUAUACGGCACGUGCCGUCUUAUCCUGUCCCAAAUUGGCCUACAACGAGUUACAGACAACAUACGUAAUUGUCGAAUUUCCGCCGGAUGCUAGCAGUUCCAUAGCUACAUUUGGCGCCACUUUGCGUUUUGUGGUCAAGGAUUGCGAUCCUAAUACUGGCGAGCCUGACUCGGAUGAGGGCUACGAUGAUGAGUAUAUGCUGGAGGACUUAGACAUCACAGUCGCCGACCAAAUACAGAAAACGAAAAAGAACAACUUCCAGGUGGCCUGGGAUGCCGCCGAUAGUGAGGAGUGGCUACAAGCCGAAGACACCUUUGUACUAUCGGCCGUUAGCAAUCUACAGGAUGCCGUCAAUACUAUUCUUAAAAUACUGGGCCUAGGCGCUGCAAAUCUAUCCGAAAAAGUGCCCGAGGGCACGCAUCUGCAUACCGUACACUGCUCGGGCACCUUCCGCGGCGGCGUUGAGGUGCUGGUGCGUGCCAAGUUGGCGCUCUCCGAGGGUGUCACGCUGAAUCUAACCGUGCGUAGCACAGAUCAGGAUGUGGCCGAACUCAUAACGGCAGCCAUCGGAUAAACUUACGCGCCAUGCAGAGACUUAAUAGGAUCUCUGCGUGCUCUGCAAAUACUAUGAUUAUGAAAAGUAUAUUAAUUAAAGCAAAAAGUUAAAUGUAAUCAAAAAAUAUAUAAUGUAGCUUUAAGCGGCGCCCUCAAAACAAUUUCAA